AUGCCUCCCAGCACGACUACCACAAUGAUUCCUACAACCACAACCAUGGCUCCUACAACCACAACGAUGGUUACAACGACGACGACCACAAUGACUGCUACGACAACAACUAUGCCUCCCAGCACGACUACCACAAUGAUUCCUACAACCACAACCAUGGCUCCUACAACGACAAUCAGAGCUCCAACCACGACGACCACAGUGGCUUCUACAACAACGACGGGUAUAUCCAGUAGCAUAACGAGUACCGUUGUAGCUCCCUCGACGAAUAUCAUGAUGACUGACACAGCGAUCACUGCGGUGUUUACACCUGUGUCUGAGGUUGUUGGUGUGAAUGAGAGUAUGAAUGCUUUGGUUACUGAAUCUGUUGGCUUGUCUGACUCCACGUACGGUGGGGAGCUGAUGUCUCCGGAGUUAGCAUGGACCGGAAGUUAUGAAAUGGUAACAUUGUGGAAACGUCUACGCAGCGGGGUCCGCCGGUCUGGUGACGACUUGGUUUUUGGCGACCUGAGUGGGGAGGAUGAUGGAAUUGCUACGAUUAAGACGUCCAGUAUCACUGGGCUUUCAACUUCAGCUGCACGUACGAGUGUAGGAGGAUAUGCAUCGUCUAUUUCGUCUAUGAAAAAUGGCUUUUCUGUGUAUAGUAUGAUUUCAACUGGAAUCGAUCACCAAGUUCCGGAUUCGUAUGAUCCAUGUGCGACAUAUCGGGUAAGCUCAACAACCCGUGUAGUAACUGACAGUACAACUAGUUACACACGAACUACUCUCAUCAAUUCCGACAAUUGA